GAAGUCGAGGAACCGCAUCAACAGCGCCUUCCUGCUGACGGAUAAUACCCUGGAGUUCCUGGGCAUCCCCCCCACCCUGGCGGCCCCCGCACCCCCCUCGUCCCCCCCCUGGCUUAUCGUGUUUGGGGUGGUGAUGGGAGCCGUGGGCGCCGGCAUCGUGCUGGUGCUGGGGACCUCCGUCAUGCAGAGGAGACGUCAAAAGAAGAAGGAGCAGACUGGAUUUGAGGAGGGAGAAGAAGAGUCUCGGGCGGAGAGGAACGGCGCUGCGAGCGACAGCGUUUACAACCUGUCCUUCUCCGACAAUGAUCGACUCACGCAGAUGUGAACGUAUAUUUUGAAAGGAUUGUUCCAGGAGAUCAAGCGGCUCCAGGUCGACCUGCAGAGUCAUUCUAGAGUUUAACGGAAAUAUGGCAAUUAAAUGAUCCGUCUUCUUUCAUCAGAAGACGUUUACUGAU